AUGGCAUAUCAGAUUGAUUUGUCCCAAUCAAAAUUUAUUGUAGAUGACACUCCUCAAUUGAAGAGGGAACCUCCAGCAAUAUUCGCCAAGAAGGAGUCAACAGAUUACUUUGAUGGAAAUUCUACGGUUUGCGAAUGCAAUGAGGAAAUAGAACCUUAUGCGUUUUAAUUGAGAUUCAAAGUCGAAUUGAAGUAGGAUCCAAUUGCAUAAACAUAAGAGGAGAAGGAACUUUGUAAUAUGGGUUCGAGUUUCGGAGUCUAUGAUGGUGAUAAAAACAAUAAUUUCGAUAAUCCUAUUGAUCACGUCAAUCAAAAUACACAAGAUCCAAAAGACAAUCAUCAAAAUCUUGGAGAAAGUAAAUAAAGUUUCAAUCAUAUUCAAAAACGCAAUGUGUUCGUAUAAACUAAGAAGUUAUUGCUUAAAAACCAAUAAUAGCUAUUUAAAUGUAACUAAAAGUACGUCAAUCAUGCAGUUUAUUAAGAAACUCUACUCAGUUUGAAGUAGAAAUAAAGUCUGCAAAAGUUCGUAAGUAAAAAGAAUAACAAAAAUCGAUUAUUGAAUUUACUCAUACCAUUGAUUUUAUUUAUAAUACUAAUUAUGUGUUUAUGAUUAAUAUAUAAUUAGAUCAGAAUCUUAAUACUCUGUCUUGGACAUACAACAUCUCAUAUCUGGUGUUGUAAUCCAUGUCACCUGAAGGUUUGCAUGCCAAAUCCCAAUAAGAAGUAUUAAACACCUAUAGAUUNAUAGCACAAAGCAUCGCAUUAAUUUUUAUAUAUAAUUGGAUCAUAAGCCAAAAUUUAAAUUAUUGAAUUAUUAGAAUAGCUGAUCUGA